GAAUGUCAGAUGAGUGCUCGAUCCGGUAUCUCGUCAUCUCGUCUGAUAGUCUGAUCCCGUUUGUGGCUCUGCAAAAAGAACCUAUAGCGAUGUAAAUUGAUGUAAAGAUAGGUUGUUUUUUUAUAGAAAGAUUUGACAGACGUAAACAGUGAUAAAUCUGACCAUUUUAAUUUCGUAUAAUAAUGUCAUUCUGAUAAAAAAAUGGCCGACACAUUAGAAAACAUUAACCCUAAGUUGUACAGAAAAAUAGAUGACAGACAAGUUACUGCUCACGACGAAGAUGAAGAUGUAGCAGACGAGUUCGAUACGCGCGAAAUUUUUGAUCUUAUUAGAAACAUCAAUGACCCUGAACAUCCCUUAACAUUAGAAGAAUUGAACGUUGUGGAGCAGAAUCUUAUUGAGAUUGACAAUGAAGCAAACAAAAUUCAUGUAAAAUUUACUCCGACCAUACCACACUGUAGUAUGGCAACAUUAAUUGGUUUAUCAAUUAGGGUUCAACUUCUAAGAGCUUUGCCUUCAAGGUUUAAAGUUAAUGUUGAAAUUACACCAGGUACUCAUAUGUCAGAAGCAGCAGUGAACAAGCAACUGGCUGAUAAAGAAAGAGUAGCAGCAGCUCUUGAAAACAACCAUUUACUUGAAGUAAUUAAUCAGUGUGUUGGAAUUAAAUGUUAACAGUACAAUUAUAAAAUCUAUAGUUUUGUGAU